CGAGUCGUCCUCUUCCUGGUCGCGCUAGAUCGUAGGCGGCAUCCCGCCCCGCCAGCGCACCACGCACCCCGCGGCCCGCGCUCGUCGCGCCCCUGCCCCCAUACCGUCCGCUCCCUUCCGCGACCGAAGCUUCAUUCCCCCACGCCUCUUCCCUCCCCGGCACCGACCGAUCCCCCAAGAACCUUGUCCCCCCCGCGCGGACGACGCCGCCGCCGGCCCGAAUCUAGGGUUUUCACCGGCGGCGGGGCGGAGAGAAGAAGGGGAACGGCGGGGGGGGGGGGGGGGGGGGGCGGGCGGCCGACGCGAUGCUGCCGGGCGCGAGGUCGCUGGUGGUGCUGCGGAGGAGGGCGGGGCUGGCCCUCCUGCGGCGCGGCUGCGGGGAGGGCGGCACGUGCGGGAAGGGGGAGGCGCCCGCCAAUGCCAGGCGCGCGGCGGCCACGCUGGCCGGGCUCGGCGGCCGCGGGCCGCUCGGGCGGUGGGCCGAUCCGACGGGUCCCCCGCGCGGGGAGGCGGAGAGGGCGGGCGGGGUGUGGCGCGCGGGCACGCAGACGAGGUCCUUCCUUGGAUGCGGCGACGGGGAUGAGGGGAGCGUGCUCUCCAAGGUCUACGAGGAGAGGCGCGUCAUGGGGUACUCGCCGGAGCAGAUGUUCGCUGUUGUCGCGGCAGUAGACCUCUAUGAGGAUUUUGUGCCGUGGUGUCAGAGGUCUAGGAUUAUCAGGCGACACGAGAAUGGCUCGUUUGAUGCUGAACUCGAAAUUGGAUUCAAGUUCCUUGUCGAGAGUUAUGUUUCUCAUGUGGAGAUGGAGAAGCCAAAAUAUAUCAAGACGACAGCAUCUGAAAGUGGACUUUUUGAUCAUUUGAUAAAUGUUUGGGAGUUCAAGCCUGGUCCUGUUCCUGGAACAUGUGACCUUUACUUCUUGGUUGAUUUUAAGUUUCAGUCGCCACUAUAUCGUCAGGUUGCUUCCAUGUUCUUCAAGGAAGUUGUUUCCCGGUUAGUGAGCUCACUUAGUGAUCGUUGUUAUAGAAUUUAUGGGCCUCCCAUUCCUGUGCUGGAAAAUACUUAUGGGCAAGGAAGAUAGACAAAAGAUAAUCCAAUUUUGAAGUAUGUUCGCUCCAUGAAUAUCUGAGUGAGGAAAUCUUAAUAUACAUUGCCUUUGCCUUCGAUUCUGAUGUCAUUAUACCCAUAGGGUACCAUUAGGCAAGAGGAUUUUGAACUAAAUCAGCCAGAAUUUUCACUUCUUGGCUAUUUCUCAGGUGUUUUUUUUUUCCAUGUACCACUAAACGAUUCCCAUGUGUAACAACAAAUGGCUCCCUAAUACACGAUUGUUUACCUAGCCAA